CCAUUUCGCCAUCUGGCAACACUUGCAACGGAACGGGGACUGAAAUCGGUAAAAAAUGGCGAAGAGUGUUUGUUGUGCGUGCGCGCGAAUUGCGAUCCUUUUGGCCAUAUGCAGUGCGGUGCCCAACACUUCGGCCUGGUCCAAUCGGGAUAGCUACGAACCGCUGGACUCGAGGCUGCCAGUGCUAGAUACUUACGGAGUGGUGCCACUGACGACGAGCCAGCUGCACCGCCAGAGACGAGCGGUUCCAGUGGACGCGAAGGCGGAUGCGAAUGUCCAGUUGCAGAGCGGCAAUGCGAAUGCCAGUGCGGCAGCAGCAGCAGCGGGAGCAGCAGCAGCAGCUGGAGCAGCAGCUUCAGCGGAGACCACGGUGACCACUGUGGACAGCAAGACGGCCGGAGGCAGUGUGUCCUACAAUGUGCACAACGUGGGAGUCAAUGGCACUGGACAGCGGAAGGCCUACAGCAUCGGUGACGGAGGUUCGCCGGUUGCCGGGUCCAAUAUCAGCACCACCAUCAAUGUGGCCGCCAAGAAGCCCACCCAGCUGAUGGCCCAGUCCACCUAUCCCAAGAAGGUGGCUCCCUCCGCCGUGGCAGUGACGAAUACGAACACAGACCGCUCCACGGCCGGUGAAAUCGAUGUGGAUGUGAGCGGCGUGGAUGUGCCGGAGGACGAGAUCAACGAGGCGGCGAAGAACGAGUCGCUGGUGCGCAGCGAGGGUGCGUUUGACUACUACAACAGCCUGCAGUACAUCAACAAGCAGGAGGUGUCCGCCCUGUGGACCGAACUGAAGAACACUCCCGUCAACGACAUGCUAUCCUCGUCCCAUCGACGUGCCAUGACCGUGGAGCUCAAGUUCGACUUCCCCUUCUACGGACACUACGUGAGGAACAUCACGGUGGCCACCGGAGGAUUCCUCUACACGGGCGAGUACGUCCACUCCUGGCUGGCGGCCACCCAGUACAUCGCUCCUUUGAUGGCCAACUUCGACACGAGCAUCUCCAACGACUCCUUCGUUCGGGUCCAGGAUAAUGGAACCGCCUUCACCGCCGUGUGGGAGAAUGUGACGCUGCAGGACAAGCCGGAGUUUGGAAAGUUCACGUUCAGCGUAACGCUUCACCAGAGCGGCGACAUCGUGUUCACCUACCUGCAGGUGCCCACCCAAAUAAACACCAUCCAGGACAACAAGCACCCGGUGAAGGUCGGCCUCUCCGACGCCUACAUCAUUGACAAGAAUUUAUACUUUGCCCGCCGAAAGACAAUCUACGAGUACCACCGAGUCACUUUCGUGCAGCAUGAGAUCACCAACCACACCAUCAUCAAGCUGACAGCUCUGCCCACCUGCCUGGGCUACAAUGACUGCACCUCGUGCAUCAACCACAACACAACCUUCACGUGCCUCUGGUGUCCGGCGCUGAAUCGCUGCUCCACGGGCACGGAUCGCAAGAAGCACGAGUGGAUUCAAAAGGGAUGUGAUGCUGCCGCUGUUCAUGUGGCGAGCAACUGUCCGGCGCUCGGCGAGAAGGGCAACAAUGCCCCACCGGCGAAGAGUGGUAACGCGAACAGCGGAGCCGGCAGUGCGACGAACGCCUCCACGGCGACCACCGGCUCCUCGACGCCGGUGACGGAGCCCACUGUGAUCAGCACGCGGGCACCGCACGCCACCGCCCAAUCGAAGCCGGAGGAGGAUGCCGCCGCCGCCGCUGCCGCCUCCGCCGCUCAUGCGGAUGGAAAGCUCGGCAAUGCCGAGCUCUCGCAAGCGGGGGCGGAUAACAAGAGCGUGGGCGUGGCCUUUGGGUUCAUGGUGCCCAUCUGUCUGGUGUUCGCCGCGACGCUGUGGCUCUUCUACGCGUACCGCAAUCCGCACACCAAGAGCGGCCAGCUGCUCAUCCACUCCAAGCAUUUACACCAGUACCGUCCCAGCCAGUGGUCCUGGAGGCGCGGCGAGGCCCGCUACACGGCAGCCACGAUACACAUGUAGGAGGUGUCCCUUCGAGGUGACGUGGAGGAGUACUGAGAUCGCGGACGUGGGACGGGGGAGCUGCAGCUGUACCGAUAAGGAACCAACCAACCAACCAAUCAACCAAUUAACCAACCAACCAACCAAUCAACCAACUAACAACAUCUAACCAAUUGAACCCGACAAGAGCAGUAUCGAGAAAGGGAAACUGAGAAGUAGGAGCAGUCGUCAUCGCCAACAGCUAUGAUCACAAACAGGAUGGACAAGCUUGCCGAAUCCUAUAUUUUAAAGACACCUGAACCGGUUUGUAAUGUGAUAUUACAUGUCCAGGGCAAAGAAAAAGACACAUUUUGCACUGAUUGAGAUUGAGAUUCUUUAGAUAUAACUGCCGCACUGACAACAUCAAGCAAUAUAGAUUCCGAACCGAUCUGCUCAAGAGACAGGAGAAACAGAAACAGAAAAAUUUAAAUAAAAAGACGACAGCAUGAA